ACCAUCAAGCUGGAGAAGAAAUAUACAAUGGGUGGGGGCAGAAGCAAACAUCUACUUAAACAAAUCAUCAGCAGCCUUUAGGAGAUGAGUCAAGAGAGCAUCUCAAAGAAGAAGAACAAACGCUAAUGGAGCCAGUCCUGUGUGACCACGUAGACUGGUUGAAAGCGAUAGGCAAACAGCUGCUUUCUUUCCUCAUUUACCAGAGGGAAGGCGCCAUGAAAGUUCCCAGAGAACACAGUGACUCCGACAGGAAGACCGUGCGGGAUAUCGAGAGAAUGAGCUCUCGCCAGAAUGCCCAGAUGAGGCGUGCAGUCAACCCGAUUCACUCGCUAAGGCGCUGUUCGAUGUGGUGUUUCUCGUCAUAUAGACGCUGCCUUGGCCUGAGUGUUGUGGAGGGAGCAUUACUCCUUGAUCCCUUCCGCAGCUUGAGUAUUUAUUUGUAUGUGUGCCUGUUGUGGGAGCAGGGACAGCAGGUCGUCAUAAUCAGGGUGAGCAGAGAACACACCACCCGACUUCGAAGGGAGCCAGAGACUUUAAGCCAAGAGUAUGAUACGCUGAAUAGUGACACUCAGAAAAGCCUCCGUUCAUGGAUUUCUGACUCAGAAGAUACCACAAGCUCGAACAUGCAGCAGUCCAGCAGCAUGGAAUCUCUAUUCUCCAUGAUGGAUCCUGGGGAACAGAAGCUGCCUCCUAUUCUGACUGCUAUUCAGAGCUCUGGGGCACCAAAACAGCCUGCAAGUCCACUUCUACCUCCAACCUCAGAGGUGCUUAAGAACCAGUCACCCCAGGGAUGGAAGCUCACCCCGAGCUCCAGGGAUGUGAAUGAAGACACUGAUGAGGACAUCUCCAACUGGACUUCUGGCCGACCCAGGCCACCCAAACCAAAGAAUGCUAUCACUAUCGCUGUCUCUUCCCGGGCACUCUUCAAUAUGGUGGAAGACAGUAAAAUCUUUGAGAAUGAAGGACUGGAGAAGUACAUGGAGUACCAGAUCAACAAUGAGAAUGUCAUUCUGAGCCCGGGACCCGCCUUUGGCUUCAUCAAGGCUUUGCAGAAUGUCAAUGCCAGACUGCGCAGUCUUUAUCCCAAUGAACAGGACCUGUUUGAUAUUGUGCUGGUGACUAAUAACCACGCCCACGUGGGGGUGAGGCUCAUAAGCAGCAUCAAUCACCACGGCUUAUUAAUUGACCGCUUCUGCCUGACUGGUGGAGAAAGCCCUAUCGGCUAUCUAAAGGCAUAUCUUACAAACUUAUAUCUUUCUGCAGAUUCUGACAAGGUACAAGAAGCCAUAGAAGAAGGGAUUGCUGCAGCUACAAUGUACCUGGGGAAUAAAGACUUGCCAUUCUCAGAUACACAACUCCGAGUGGCCUUUGAUGGGGAUGCUCUCCUUUUCUCUGAUGACUUUGACCAGAACAUCAAUGCAACAGGACCAGACAAGACUUCUCAGCAAGACCCAUUUAGUAAGGACAAGCCUCUUGCCCAGGGUCCCUUGAAACAAUUCCUAGAAGACUUAGGGCGGCUGCAAAAGAAGUUUUAUGCCAAGAAUGAGAGGCUGCUCUGCCCCAUCAGGACCUACCUCAUCACCGCCAGGAGCGCCGCCAGCUCAGGGGCCCGUGUGCUCAAGACACUGCAUGCCUGGGGCCUCGAGAUCGAUGAGGCUCUCUUCCUGGCAGGGGUUCCCAAGGGGCCCAUCUUGGUGAAAAUACGGCCCCACAUCUUCUUUGAUGACAACAUGUUCCACAUCAAGGAAGUACAGAAGUCUGGAACCAUCAUAGCCAGUGUACCCUUCCCCAGCCCCCUCAGAGGUAGCCUAAGUCAGGAAGGGGAGAAGAAAUAAAAUAUAGAGCACUAAUCAUGGGGCCCUAGGGCAAGCUUGUCUAGUUUAGUCACCAUCAGAGGGAAGGAAGUAGGAAGAGAGAGGAAUGGGGAGAAGAAGGAGGGAGGGGAGAAAGGAGCAGG